AAUACUCCGAGAUUGUACUAAAUUUUAUCUAUCAUCAGUGUUAAGAACCAAAAUGGCGGACAAAAAUUUACCUUGGGGUUUGAAAAAUGACAAAAUUACCCCUGGUUCAGUUAAGGCUAUACCAGAGAGCAAAUUAAAAGCAUUUGAGAUAGGAACAAUGAAUAUUGGUAAAAAGGCAUUGUCAAAAAGAGAACAAGAAGAAUUAAAGAAAAAGGAGGAUAUGAAGGCUGCAGCACAAGUGUAUGAAGAUUUUGUAGCCUCAUUCCAGGAUACAGGAAAACAGCAGAAAACAUGGGUUAAAGGUGGAACUGUUAAUCCAGGUGCUGGCAAGCAUGAAACAAAUGCUAAAGCUGAAAAAAAGAAGCUUUACAAACCAACAUCAAAACUGGCCGAGUUAGCUGCCACAUUCCAGUCUGUAAAGAAGGACGCCAUUAAACAAGAGGAUCAAUCAAAUUCUCAGUCCAACUCAGCAAAGAAACCACCAAAGAGAGAUGAAAAGAAGAAAAGUCAGUUAGAACAAUUUAAAGAAGAAUUAAAGCAAAUUCAACGAGAACGAGAAGAAAGGCACAGAAUAAAGAAGGUUUUAAGAGGAGAAAUACCCCCUGAUCCGGGUGAAUCAUUAGAACCUCAAGAUCUCAAUAAUUCAACCAAAUAUGACCCAUUACCAAUAGAUGAUAAAAAUGACCCAUGGGCUGACCCAUACAAUGACACGACUACUAAUAUGUAUCUUAAAAACCUAAAUCCAAAGAUGUCAGAACAACAGUUAUGUGAAUUGUUUGGUCGCUAUGGACCAUUGGCAAGUGUAAAAAUAAUGUGGCCUAGGACUGACGAGGAGAAAAGUCGAGGGAGAAAUUGUGGUUUUGUUGCUUACAUGAACAGAAAAGAUGGUGAAAGAGCCUUAAAUAGUAUAAAGGGAAAAGAUGUGAUGAGUUAUGAAAUGAAGUUAGGUUGGGGUAAGGCUGUGCCUAUACCACCCCACCCUAUUUACAUACCACCAGCUUUAGCUGAGCUGACACAACCACCACCACCCUCAGGGCUUCCAUUUAAUGCUCAACCACAUGAUCGACGACACAGGCGGGGCAGGGGAUUUGGCAACAUCCCACCCCCAGAUAAAGAUGAGGAUAUUGACAAGAUUUUAGCCAAGGCUGUUGUGAAAGUGGUAAUUCCUACAGAAAGAAACUUAUUAUGUGUGAUACAUCGAAUGAUAGAGUUUGUGGUACGAGAAGGACCAAUGUUUGAAGCCAUGAUUAUGAACAGGGAAAUAAAUAAUCCAAUGUUCAGGUUCCUGUUUGAUAACCAAAGUCCAGCACAUUUAUACUACAGAUGGAAAUUGUUCUCAAUACUGCAGGGAGAUACCCCUUAUGCAUGGAGAACAGAAGAAUACAAAAUGUUCAAAGGUGGAUCAACAUGGCGACCGCCUGUCAUGAAUCCAUACACACAAGGCAUGCCAGAACAUCUAAUUAAAGAUGCAAACUUUGAUCCUCCACCUAAGGAUGUACCUACAGGCCCAAAGAAAGGAUCAUUAACAGAUAGUCAAAGAGACAGAUUGGAAGAUAUGUUACGAGACUUGACACCAGAGAGAGCAAAGGUUGGGGAUGGUAUGGUGUGGUGUUUAGACCAUGCUGAGGCCGGGGAGGAGAUCGUAGAGUGUAUAUCAGAAUCAUUAUCCAUCUUACAAACUCCCAUUCCUAAAAAAAUUGCCAGAUUGUUUUUAGUGUCAGAUAUCUUAUUUAACAGUAGUGCUAAAGUUCCCAAUGCCUCAUUUUUCCGGAAAUGUUUUCAGAUAAAACUUCAAGAGAUAUUUAGAGAUAUACAUGAAACGUAUUCAAAUAUUGAUGGAAGAUUGAAAGCUGAACAAUUUAAGCAAAAAGUAAUGGGAUGUUUUCAGGCAUGGGAAGACUGGACAGUUUAUCCAAAUGAUUUUUUAAUUAACUUACAAAAUAUUUUCCUUGGACUUGUACCAAACACAAAGGCAUUGGUUGAAGCAGUUGAGUCUGAUCCCGAAGAUUUAGAUGGUGCUCCUUUAGAUGACAGUAAGAUAAAAGAUGAUUCUUUAGAUGGUAAACCAUUAGAGGAUUUGGAUGGAGACCCUUCAGAUGUUGAUGGUGCUCCUUUGAUAGAUGAUUUAGAUGGAAAACCAUUAGAAGGUGAAUCGCCUAAUACACAGCCCACAACACCAUCAGCCUCUAAGUUUGUCAAGUCCAAAUGGGAGGCUGUAGAUGAAACAGAAUUAGAGGCUCAAGCGAUGACAACAUCGAAAUGGGACUUAUUAGAACAAGAAAAUGAAGAAAAACCAGAAGAAGAUGAUGACGAGGAUAUCGAUGGACAACCCCUAGAAGAUGGAGAAGACUCGCAGAACAACUCUGAUGAAGAAAUAUCAACGUUCAAUAGUAGUGCUGAUUUUAGAAAACAAGUAAUGACAGAAGAAAGAAGAGCAAAAUUAAGAGAAAUAGAGGUCAAGGUCAUGAAAUACCAAGAUGAGUUAGAAGGGGGGAAAAGGUCAAGGAAAUCACACAUGUCAUUACAACAACAAGUAGAACAUUAUAGAAAGAAACUCUUACAGAAGGAAACAGUUGAUUCUCCUAGAGAGGGGAGGAAAAGACACAGAUCUCGUUCACAAUCUCCAGCAUACAAGAAUCCAACAGACAGCCCUAAACGGCCUAAAAAGUCAAAAAGUCCCAAAAGAUCAAGAAAGUCAAGAUCAAGGUCGCGAACUCCAAGGAAAAGGUCAACAUCCAGAAGUCCUAGCAGACAUCGACAUAAACACAAGAAAAAUAAAUAUAGAGACUGAUAUAUAUUUAAUUUAUUUAUAUGCUUUGUUGUAUGAACAUACUGUCCACAAAAUGAUGUAUCAGUUAAAUCUGACUAAUUGGGCAUUUAAAGAAAACCUAGGUGUUAAAAUCAAUCAGUUCGGA